UGAUUUUGGGCAUACAGGUGGAUAUGUUGUUCUGUGGAGAGUGACAGAUGUCAUGUCUCAUCUCAGGUACUUGGACCCUGUGAUUCUGCUCAUCAUCUAUACACAACUCUCUGCAGGCUUAAAGUGUGUGUGUCAGCUGUGUGUAAACCAUACCUGUGAGACGAAUGCAGAUGGCGCAUGCUGGAACUCUGUGAUGCUCAUUAAUGGUAAAGAGGAAGCUGUCAAGUCCUGUCUGUCUCCAUCAGAGCUGAAGGGUCAGGUGUUCUGUUAUAGCUCCAAAAACGUCUCCAAACGCAACUGCUGCUUUACAGACUUCUGCAACAACGAGACUCUGCACCUCAAACCAGAGCCGUCGCCUGAAGGCUUUGGCUGGAGUCAGCUGGAACUGGCAGCAGUUAUUCUUGUGCCGUCGUGCUUGGUGUGUGUUGGUGUCGUUCUGGGAGUGUGUGCCAUACAGAGUCUGCGCUGCACACACAUUAAAGCCCGCAAACAGGACCCAGAAGAACCCCUAGACGACCAGACUCUUGCAUCACCUGACAAAUGCUUGAAAGAACUCAUUUUUGACUUGAGCACCUCUGGCUCUGGGUCAGGAUUGCCCCUCUUGGUGCAAAGAACAAUUGCGCGGACUAUCGUUCUCCAGGAGAGCAUUGGGAAGGGCCGUUUCGGGGAGGUGUGGAGGGGCAAGUGGAGGGGAGAGGAUGUUGCUGUGAAGAUCUUUUCCUCAAGAGACGAGCGCUCCUGGUUCCGCGAGGCUGAGAUUUAUCAGACCAUCAUGUUACGACAUGAGAAUAUUUUGGGUUUUAUCGCUGCUGAUAACAAAGAUAACGGUUCAUGGACACAGCUGUGGUUGGUGUCAGAGUACCAUGAGCAUGGGUCGCUCUUUGAUUACCUGAACCGGUACACAGUAUCAGUGGAGGGGAUGAUAGUUCUGGCACUGUCCAUUGCCAGUGGCAUCGCCCACCUACACAUGGAAAUCAUCAGCACUCAAGGGAAGCCUGCCAUCGCUCACAGAGACAUAAAAUCAAAAAACAUCCUGGUAAAGAAGAAUGGAAUGGCUGUGAUUGCUGAUCUUGGCCUGGCCGUGAAACAUGACUCCUGCACCAACACCAUUGACAUUCCAAUCAACCACAGGGUGGGCACCAAGAGAUACAUGGCCCCUGAGAUCCUUGAUGAUUCGAUAAACAUGAGCAGCUUUGAGUCAUUUAAGCGAGCUGACAUAUACUCAAUGGGACUGGUGUUCUGGGAACUUGCCCGUAGAUGUUCUGUACAAGCAGGAAUUCAUGAAGAUUUCCAGUUGCCUUAUUAUGAUCAGGUGUCUUCAGACCCAUCGGUGGAGGAUAUGAGAAAAGUAGUAUGUGAACAGAAACUUCGACCCAACAUUCCUAACCAGUGGCAAAGCUGUGAGGCACUGAGGGUUGUGGGUAAGAUCAUGCGGGAGUGCUGGUACAUCAAUCCAGCUGCUCGCCUGACUGCGCUGCGUGUCAAGAAAACUUUAUCUCAGGUGACUGUGGUCAAGGAUGUUAAAGAGUAAAGAGAACCAUUUCAAAUAGUUAGUCUGACAUGCCAAAGAGUUCUGUAUUAGUACAGAUACGGACACACUGUCUUCUGCUGUCACAGGAGCAUUGAAUGGAAGAGUGUGUUCUUGUUUUGUAGCAUGUAGAUUGCAUUACAUAUGUACAUGUGCUACCUCAACUGAUCCUGUGAGUGCCAAAAGUUUUUAAGUUGCUUUGUGCCAUAUGUCUCUUUUGCUUGGUGUCAUAUAUGAAUGAACAUUGACCCCAAAAUAUUUUUGAGAUAUUUGUGGACACUUACGUCACACUUUGAUAUGCCUGAAUGUAAUCAAGUGGCAUCUUUAAACAGAGAUUUUCUCAGAACUAAGGUCACUUUCUCAGUCAUUUUGCAAUGAGGGUCAAUGCAGCUAGUGUCAAAGUGAUUUAUUAGAUGUUUGAAAGCAGUUUUAAGUGUCCUUGUUUAACAAGUGCAGCGUUGCCAUGGUUCACGGUUUCCAUGGUUGACAUGAAUUCAGUAGUUCACUUAUAUACUGUAAAUGUCUGCAUUUGCCCCUAUUGGUUUUUCUCCACUUUUCCUAUAGUGUUAUCAUUUAUCACUUUAAUGCAUAAAUAUUUUGCUGGAAAACCUUUCUGCUAUCUUAUUUAAACAAAAAUUCAUGUUCUUAAUAUCCGUCGUUCUGUUCAUUUUAAGUUUUGGCUUAGUGUCCAAACAACUUUUUUAGAGCCAUUGAAUGUUUAAGGAUAAAAGGAAUGUAUCAGUUCCUCCAAGAACCAGCGUUUUUCUAGAUGGUCAAGAGUACUGAUGAUGUGCAUUAUGGACCUUAACUUUGAAAGAGGAACAAAAUUUGUAUUUUUUUAUUCCAAGAACCAUAUGUUGCUUUUUAAGUUUGACAUUAAACAUGUAUUGUGGUCUGCACAAAAAAAUACUAA